AUGUUGGUCUUCAGUCUAGUGUUGGCCAGUAACGAUCAAGUGAAUCUUCAAGAAAUAAAUAAUUUCCUCUUCGCUGCUCCUGGACACAACAUCACUCUGCCCUGUUUCAACAAAGAUGUGGAGUUUAGAGAAACAUAUUAUUGUGCAGUGGCUCAUCAAAUCGAGUUGUUGGCGUCUGUUCACGUCUUUGUAAAGACUUUGAACCCUGGACUCGGCAUCCAUCAAACAGCGUCAGAACCAGUGGAAGCAGGACGCGCUCUGGUCCUUCGCUGUGAGGUUGAUUCUGGAACGUGUCUGGGGCCACACAGGGUCCAUUGGUUCAGACAGUCUGAAAAGUCUGCAGCAGUGCUCUACGGCAAGGAUCAGUGCCAGAGCGACAAAAUAAACCCGACAAACUCCUGCUUCUACAACCUCCACAUUCAUAACAUGAGCUCAGGGCAAACUGGGACGUACUACUGCGCUGUGGACCUCUGUGGACAGGUCCUGUUUGGGAACAGAACCGAAGUCAGGAUCAGGGAAGUCUCAGACAUGUUGGUCUUUGUCUUGAGUGGAGUGUCUGUGUUCAGCACCAGUCUGGUUGUUGGACUCUCUUUCUGCUUGUGCACAAAUAACAACAUAGACAAAUCCGUGAAAGGUGCUGCAGCUAAGGCAAAGGAUGUUCCCAAACGUCUGCAGUACAAGGCCACAGAGCAGGUGAACAGAAGGAGACAGUCACAUGACACAUGGAGCGAGUGUGUCUACUUCAGUGUGGAGCAGUGA